ACGGUCCCAAUCGGCCAAUCCCCGCGCGAAAUCAUAGUAUCAGUUUUGAUCUCUCUCUUCUCUCUCUCUCUCUCUCUCUCUCUCUCUCUCUCUCUCUCUCCGCUCCAUGUCGCCGACGACUUCCUGAGCUUCGUUAAGAAGAACUCAUUUUUCUGUUCUGGGUCCAGAAGGGAAUCAAAUUUCGUUAAACAAUACUGGAAACCGAUGGCUGCACCACCGGCAAGGGCUCGUGCUGAUUACGAUUACCUCAUUAAGCUUUUGCUUAUUGGCGAUAGCGGUGUGGGAAAGAGUUGUCUGCUUCUGCGUUUUUCUGAUGGUUCUUUCACAACCAGUUUUAUCACCACAAUUGGUAUUGAUUUUAAGAUAAGAACCAUUGAUCUUGAUGGGAAGAGAAUUAAGUUGCAAAUUUGGGAUACGGCUGGCCAGGAGCGUUUUCGGACUAUCACAACAGCUUACUAUCGUGGAGCCAUGGGUAUUUUGCUGGUGUAUGAUGUCACUGACGAGUCAUCUUUCAACAACAUUAGGAAUUGGAUUCGCAAUAUUGAACAGCAUGCAUCUGAUAAUGUGAACAAGAUACUAGUAGGAAACAAGGCUGAUAUGGAUGAAAGUAAAAGGGCUGUGCCUACUUCAAAAGGUCAAGCUCUUGCUGAUGAGUAUAAUAUCAAAUUCUUCGAAACCAGUGCCAAGACAAACCUGAAUGUAGAGGAGGUUUUCUUUUCCAUUGCCAGGGACAUUAAGCAAAGGCUUGCAGACACAGAUUCAAAGGCGGAGCCUCAAACAAUCAAGAUAAACAAGCCAGAUGGAGCAGCCGGUGAUGGUCAAGCAGCCCAAAAGUCAGCUUGCUGUGGCUCCUAAUAUGGUACUAGGAAAUUGAACCAAUUGAAAGAGCGAUAACGCUCUUCAUACCGUGGUGGUGGUGCCUCCCGGGAACGAAACCAAAUCUGGUUAGAUUGUGGUGGGCUAGUUCAUCUAUCAUCCCGAUUGUCGCUUCUGUGAAUCAUCAUCAUCAUCAGUCUGUGUGUUGAAUGUUCUUUUUUGUUCCUCUAUUUUGGCAAAAGACAGUCUGAUCUUUCCCUUUUUCUUCUUAUUUUUAUAUAUUGGAGGUUGGGAUUUAGGACUGGUUCAAUUAUUUUACAUGUGUUGGUUUGGUGUAGAUAGAUAAUCAGGAUUUUUAAAGCUUCUUCUUCCUUUACUAUGAAAAGGAAGAAUGAUGGUCUCUGCUCUGCUGCAUCACUUGCUCUGUAAUCCGGAUUAUAAGACCCUUUUAACACUCUACUCUAAUUGCAAUUAUUGAUAUUUUGUUAACUCUUGGAAUGGAA